AUGGCGAAUCCCGGUGGAAUUCCGGCUGGCGGUGCUGGUGCUGCUGCGGGGGCUGCUGGAGCUCCGGCUGUUCUGCCCCCACCGACGUUCGCGAUAGAAUCGUUCGACAAACGUAAGUUAAAAUGGAUGCGCUGGGUGGAACGUCUCGAGACCGCUUUCCACAUCUACGGAGUAGCGGAUGAGCAGAUGAAAAAGCACUUUCUUCUGCAUUACAUGGGGUCCGAAACCUAUGAUGUCAUCUGCGACAAGGUUGCCCCGGAUUCCCCCCGCACGAAGACGUACCAGGACAUCGUUGCAACGUUGAACGAUUUCUUCAGCCCCCAGCCACUGGAAAUCAGCGAAAAUUUUCGCUUCAAGUGUCGCCGCCAGGGCGAUAAAGAUGCGGCAUCCGCCGACGAAACGGUGGACGAGUACCUAGUGGCCCUGCGGAGGAUUGCUGUUACGUGCAAUUUCGGCGCGUAUCUCGACACGGCAUUGCGAAACCAGCUAGUGUUCGGGAUCAAGCGCAAUGAUAUUCGGAGCCGGCUACUGGAAAAGCGACAACUUACGCUGCAGGAUGCUCGCGAAAUUGCCGUGAGCAUGGAGCUUUCACUGAAGGAGGGCGCCGAGAUCGAAGGUGGCUCGUCCAGGCAGGUAGGUUGCUUUCGUUGCGGCGACAAAUCGCACUUCGCGAAUGCGUGCAAACAUAAACAAACUGUGUGCUCGUACUGUAAAUUGACCGGACAUCUCGCGAAGGUUUGCUUGAAGAAAUCGGCCGCGGCGAAGUCUGAUUCGCGAUCGACGAACAAAUCUAAUCCGGUGCAAACGAACUACGUGGACCAAACCGGCAGCAGUCAAUGCGCCGAGAGUGUAGAAGUGCGUGAAGUUUGCACGGUCGAAUCGUCGUCGCGUUGCAAAAAGUUUCUGCUGGAUGUUUCCGUGAAUGACAAGUGCGUAAGGUUCGAGGUUGAUACGGGUUCGCCGGUCAGUAUCAUCAGUGCGGAGGACAAGAACAGACUCUUUCCGGCCGCGCGGUUGCGUAAGUGCGAUACGGACUUGGUUAGCUACUGCAAUACCAGCAUCGAUGUGCUUGGUAUCCUCGACGCGAGUGUUGAAUUCGGUGGUAACGGGAUGAAAUUACCGUUGUACGUGGUGAAUUCCGGGAAGCAUCCGUUACUCGGUCGCGAGUGGCUGAAAGUGAUGUCAGUGGAUUGGAAUUGCGUGUUCCAAGGACCGAGUGUUGUUAAUACGAUUGCUGCUACUGCUUCCCCGGGCCGCGAUGCCGCUUUAAAGGCGUUGCUCGAGAGGUAUCCGAAGGUAUUCGACUCCUCGAUCGGAAGGAUUUCCAACGUUCAAGCUAACCUACCACUGAAGAAGAAUGCGCGACCGGUGCUUCUGAAGGCACGGAAAAUACCAUUCAGCAUGGUGAAGACAGUUGAAGACGAGCUGGAAAAGCUAGUUGCUGAGGGCGUACUGACGAAAGUUAACUCCAGUAACUGGGCAACACCGAUUGUUCCCGUUAAGAAGUCGCAGAACCGGGUAAGGAUUUACAGAGACUACAAGCAGACCGUGAACCCAAAUCUUGUGGUGGACAAGCAUCCACUGCCUACCGUGGACGAACUGUUCGCGUCGCUGGCUGGAGGAAAGAAGUUCAGCAAGAUUGAUCUCGUCCAAGCGUACCUGCAACUCGAAGUGGCACCAGAAGAUCGGGAACUGCUCACGCUGUCUACACAUCGCGGUCUCUAUCGUCCGAACAGACUGAUGUACGGUGUCGCAUCAGCCCCAGCAAUCUGGCAGCGACAAAUGGAAGUCAUUUUGCAGGGAAUUGAAGGGGUACUUCGGCGUCUUAAUGAAUGCGGAAUACGAGUCAACAAGGAGAAGUGCGAAUUCUUUGUGGACAACAUUGAGUACUGCGGAUACUCGAUUGAUAAGGACGGCAUCCACAAGAUUCAACAGAAGGUGCAAGCGAUCCAGGACAUGCCCAGACCGAAGGACGUCGAUGAGGUUCGGUCGUUCGUCGGAUUUGUUAACUAUUACGGACGGUUCUUCCAGAACCUGAGCACGGUGCUGUAUCCUCUAAACAACUUGCUUAAAAGCGACGUGCCGUUCAGAUGGACCAAGCAAUGCGAGGAUUCCUUUAGGAAGGUGAAGGAAUUAGUGCAAUCCGACGACUGCCUCGCCCAUUACUCAGCCGAGUUACCUCUUCUGCUUGCAACGGACGCUUCGCCCUACGGAGUAGGGGCGGUACUAAGCCACGUGUAUCCGGACGGUACUGAACGUCCAAUUCAGUUCGCGUCCCAAACUUUUAGUCGAGUGCAGCAGAAGUACAUGCAGGUGGACAAGGAGGCGUAUGCUGUCAUAUUUGGAGUGAAGAAAUUCUUCCAAUACCUCUACGGCCGAAGAUUCACCUUGCUUACCGACAACCAGGCUAUCUCAAAGAUCUUCGGGGAGCACAAAGGGUUGCCGCCCAGUCAACCAGUAAUCGUAUAA